UGACUGCCCUUGCUGUCUGGUCGAGCAGGUGUUCUGGCGCUCUGGGCCCUAAUCACGCAUGUGAUGUAUGUGCAGGAUUACUGGAGGACCUGGUUAAAAGGGCUGAGGUUCUUCCUCUUCGUCGGGAUCCUCUUCUCAGCCCUCUCCGUGGUGGGAUUCUGCACAUUCCUUGUCCUGGCUAUCACCAAGCACCAGUCCCUGACUGAUCCCAGAAGCUACUACCUGUCGUGCGUCUGGAGUUUCAUCUCCUUGAAAUGGGCCUUCCUGCUCGGCUUGUACGCUUACCGGUACAGGAACGAGUUCGCAGACAUCAGUAUCCUCAGUGACUUCUAA